AUGGAGCUCUUUGAGAUUGGGAUACCAACUGUCAAAGAUGAGUCAGAUUUUAUCAAGAGCGUUUGCUUGCGGUUUCAAACAACACCAAUGGAAAUCCACGAUAAAUUAACGGCUGAUUGCAUUGCAGGCAACUUUGAUUCUCCUCUUUGCCGUGGGAUAAAAUCCAUGUUCCGAUAUGAUUGCUUAUGCGGGUCUCUUGGUCCCCCCUCUCAGCAUUCAAUUCAUCUUCUCUUAACUAAAUUAUUUGCGCACCUCAUUGCUGGACCAAAGGGGAUUGAUGAGUUGACGAUAAAGAAUUAUGACUUUUCAGCUCGAUGUAGCUUGGUUUGGACAGGGGACUAUUUUGCUUACCGUUGCCGGACGUGUGGAUUAACGCCUAGUAUGUCGUUGUGUGGGGCAUGUUUUACGGCUGGUAACCAUGAGAACCACGAUUUCAACAAAUUCAAGAGCAUGUGUGGUGGUGCGUGUGACUGUGGUGAUCAAUCCGUUAUCCGAUCAUCCGGAAACUGUCGCUUUCACGGGGCUGACAAGGUUGCUAACCGACCCUGUCCACCAAAAGAGCUUACCGCUGUCCUGGAAUUCCUUCUACCCAGCGUAAUGAAAGCGCUUAUGUUUUGGUUCUGGGAUCGCAGCAAGGGUGAGGAGGUAUCUCUCACCGAAACAGAAGCUCCAUUGCUGUAUUUCCUCCAUCGUCUUCAUGCCUGCGGUUGGGUCACGCAAAAGUUAAUGGCUGAUGUGCUUAUUAAUCCUGAUAUUUACCAAAAUCUCCUUACGGAUGUUGAAAACACACAGAAGUUAAAUCAUAAGACGCUCCUCGACGCCUUUUUAUUUAUGAUUACGAAAUUGCGGUUCCCUGAAAGUCUGGGCACUCUUCUGAUUGGAUUGCUCGCUGUUAGCAAAUUCAAAGAAAAGUUCCUUGAUUCUUACGUUGACCAUUACUCGAGAAUGGCCUCAACACUGAUGAUAACGGCACGUGUUCGCAAUAUCUCGCCCGAGGCCUCGAUGCAACUGAACAACCGGAUCGUACAUAUCUCUGUUCAGUUGUUUAGCGGCGAGGAGCCCGCCUAUCGGAUGGUAAAAGAACGCUCUGUACACUACAUUAUUGUUACGUGGAUGCGGAAUAUGUUUGCCCAUUCUCGUACUCGAUUGGACGAUCGUGGAAAUAUGGUUGUUAACUGCGAUGCUGUGCUCAUUCAAAACAAUGCCUUCUGGCCGCUUACCUCUGAUCUUAAUAACCUCUUGUCCCAUAAAUCCGUCGCUGAUAUUUUUGUAGAAGACAAGCACUUUCUGUCUUUAUGGACUGAUAUUCUGAGGAGCAUGCAGUUCAUGAACUGCUUCUCCAUGAAGGAAGGAAGCCACAUUGAAUAUGAGACUUUGGCAUGCUACCACGGUCUGACGAUGGAAAUCGAAGUCGGCAUUACCUCGAUGUGGUACAUAUGGCAGCAUUACAAGAGCCCACCAGAGAAGGCCCACUGUUUGAUGUACACCAAUGCCUGUCUCGAGACCCUUGCCAACCACUUGACCCAUCUCGGACGUCUGGUUGCCAGUUCAACUCAGUGGACGCACCCCAUUCGUGGACCGCUGAGUCUCCACCUCCCACUAAGUCGACAUGCCGCCUGCUUUCUAUGGCUCUCCGUGCUCACCCACCAGGCCGAUUUAAAGACACUCAUGGCACCGUUUUUGAAGCCCAAUUCAAAUGUUCUACGGCGCCUCAUGGAAGAACUUGCUAAUGUGCUACUCGGCUGCCACGAGGUCAUUAUCGGCUACUGGGUGCGAAACGGCCAACCUAUCCGCCAGUCCGUCAUGCAUUACAUGCAGAGUCAGUUGUGCUACUCUAUGAUUGACUUGGACAUCUUCUUCUUUCAGGUUUGCGCCGCUCUCCUGCAUCCCGUCUACGUUCUGAACGCGUUGGUGGACCAAUCACGAUUGUUACAGAGCUUUUGCUUCCACCGAGAAUUGAUGUCACUCACUACCCCAUCUUCUUCAACUGCUACGAUUGACCGCCAACCAAUGGCAAUCGAAGCCUGGCUCACCAACCUUUGUUGGAUAAUCGAUCUUCGGAAUAACCUCGGUCUUUCAGAAACAGGCCUCAUUGAGAAGGAAUUGGUCUGUUUCCUAGCUCCAGAUUCACGAAAGCGGAGCGACCUGUCAUACCUUCUGCCAGACCGCUGUGGUCUUCCUACAAACUCAUCUGCCAUUGACGAAUGCCUUGAAAAGGUUGCGACGUAUUCUGCACCUUCCUGCGACAACAUAUCAGGCUCCCUAGUUAGUGGUCACUACUUUUUGAAGCCGGAGUUGUGGCACGAAAAGUUCGAUCCUGUUUUCUACUCUCUUCGCAUAACAAGCAAACGUGAGCUUGCCUCUGCAAUGGAGAAAUACCGAAAUCACUGCCGUCAAAUUGACCGGACGCAAAACACUUCUGCAUUCUGGCCUCCCUACCGUCUACCCUUAGAAUUAUCCCCUGAGUUUGUCGAUCUUGAAAAUGUCCUCCACAGUCGGCAUUUGCACUACCUCCUCUUCUGCCUCCUCAGUUUAUACGUGUAUGGAGAUCCGCUAAUGACAGAGGAGAGCCUGGUAAUUGUUAUCCACCUCCUCUACAGGGCCGUCGUCGCCGGCGGUGUUCUUCUCAAGGAGGGUCAGGAUCCAAAUCGACUAGAUGUCGCCGUAGAACCUACCAUGCCACACUUUGACCCCAUUGAGUGCACUGAAGCUUGUAUGGCAGCCACAAACCGUGAGGCAGAACUUCAGGCCAUGCAGUUCGCAGAUGCAGACUCUGAAACUGAAGAGGAUGAAGAAGAAAGCGAAGAAAUUGAGGAAGGUAAGGCAACUCCAGUUACCGAGGCUUCCACGGCGGAACCCAUGGAUGUUCAGGAAUCCCCAGUUAUUAAUAGGGCCUCCACAUCCUCGGUGUCAACUGCUUUCGUUCGGAAACCGUCGUUAAAGCGGACCUACGCUUUCAGAGUGCGAAGGCCGCCAACGAUUCCGCUUAAAUGGGAUCUCAGUAUUGUGGCCUGCCCUUACCCCGCACCAAAGUCGACACCAACAAUAUUUGACAACUUGUCGACAUGGAUCGCCACCUCCCAACAAACUGUUGUGCAGGCUUCGUUGGAGGUGAAGACCACGCAAGAAAAUCUCGAGUACACUUUACCCAAACGCGAUGAAUCAUGGUAA